AUGGGGAUUCCCAGGGGCCCUCCCAGUGGGGGCUUGCCUGUGGCCAGGUUCCUCGAGGGGCUCUCAUCCGGCCACCUGUCCCUGUGCCCGCAGUAUGAUGCCGUCCCCAUCCAGUCCAGCGUGGUGCUAUGUUCCUGCCCGCCCCCAUCCAUGGUGAGGAGUUCGAGCGAUGCUGGCAGUGCCCCUGGCUUCUCCAGCGGUGGUGGCAGUGGCAGGCAGGGGCCUAGCAUGGACAGCACGGCAUCUGAGGCCCGGCCUAGCACUGGCACCCUCCCGCACACUGCCCCACCACAAGCCCAGCCUCGCAAGAAGCGGCCUGAGGACUUCAAAUUCGGGAAGAUCCUCGGUGAAGGCUCCUUUUCCACAGUUGUCUUGGCCCGAGAACUGGCAACCUCAAGGGAAUACGCAAUUAAGAUUCUGGAGAAGCGUCACGUCAUCAAGGAGAACAAGGUCCCCUACGUGACCCGGGAGCGCGAUGUCAUCUCCUGCCUUGACCAUCCCUUCUUUGUCAAGCUCUAUUUCGCCUUCCAGGACGACGAGAAGUUGUAUUUUGGCCUGAGUUAUGCCAAGAACGGAGAACUACUAAAGUACAUUCGCAAAAUCGGCUCUUUCGAUGAGACCUGCACCCGGUUCUACGCCGCUGAGAUCGUGUCUGCUUUGGAGUACCUGCACGGCAAGGGCAUUAUCCACAGGGAUCUUAAACCAGAGAACAUUCUGCUGAAUGAAGACAUGCACAUUCAGAUCACGGACUUCGGCACUGCCAAGGUGCUCUCCCCUGAGAGCAAGCAAGCCAGGGCCAACUCGUUUGUGGGGACGGCCCAGUAUGUCUCUCCAGAGCUGCUCACCGAGAAGUCUGCCUGUAAGAGCUCAGACCUAUGGGCUCUUGGCUGCAUCGUCUACCAGCUUGUGGCCGGACUCCCACCCUUCCGAGCAGGGAACGAGUAUCUCAUCUUCCAGAAGAUCAUUAAGCUGGAGUAUGAUUUCCCAGAGAAGUUCUUCCCCAAGGCCAGGGACCUUGUGGAAAAGCUCUUGGUCCUGGACGCCACGAAGCGACUGGGCUGUGAGGAGAUGGCCGGGUACGCGCCACUGAAGGCCCACUCAUUCUUCGAGUCCAUCACGUGGGAGGACCUGCACCAGCAGACGCCCCCGAAGCUCACGGCCUACCUGCCAGCCAUGUCUGAGGAUGAUGAGGACUGCUAUGGCAAUUAUGACAACCUCCUGAGUCAGUUUGGCUGCAUGCAGGUGACCUCAUCCUCGUCACACUCACUAGCCUCUGCUGAGUCGGGCCGGACCCCGCGUGCGGGCAGCAGUGUCGAGCAAUACAUCCAUGACCUGGACUCGAACUCCUUCGAGCUGGACUUGCAGUUCUCCCAGGACGAGAAGAGGCUGCUGCUGGAGAAGCAAGCGGGGGGGAAUCCCUGGCACCAGUUUGUAGAAAAUAACUUAAUACUGAAAAUGGGUCCAGUGGACAAACGGAAGGGCUUGUUUGCGCGCCGGCGGCAGCUGCUACUCACAGAGGGGCCACACCUGUACUACGUGGACCCUGUCAACAAGGUCCUGAAAGGGGAGAUCCCGUGGUCCCAGGAGCUCCGACCUGAGGCCAAGAACUUCAAGACUUUCUUUGUUCACACACCCAACAGGACCUACUACCUGAUGGACCCCAGCGGCAACGCGCACAAGUGGUGCAAGAAGAUCCAGGAGGUGUGGAGGCACAGGUACCAGAGCCAGCCGGCUGCCAUCCAGUGACCGCCGUGGCCCUGCUGGGGGAGCACACGCGGAUGCCUCGCCGCUUUCUUAUUUAAGAGAAAAGACAGACUGACUCUCCACCAGAACAAAACCAGUAACAGCCACCCAGGGCUUGGCUGCGAUGCUUCUGUGAGGCCGUGGCCGGCAACCUGCUGCAGACCUGCUGCUGCAUAGCUCCUCCUGCGUCCGCCAUAGGCAGCGCCUGAGCCCCGCACGCCUCCUUCACCCCCUCAGUCCUCGCUUCUGGCCCAGCUCGACCCCACAAAGCCCAAGCUGCAGGCUCCCUGUCAGCACAGCUGCCGCUGGUGAGGCAGCGGCACAGGCUGUCCAGGUCACUCAGGUUGUUGUGGGAGACACCAGGAAGGACUCCCUGAGGGGCCCAACCCUAGGGGGCAGGUGGCUCAGCCCAGCCCCAGCUGCAGCCCCUCACCACCACCCCACCCCGGCCCGGCCCCUGGUCCCUAAAGAGUGGAUUGCCCAGAAGCUGGGUCUCCCACUCCCAGUGCUUGAGGCAAGGAUCACCCCCAACACACACACACAUGCACGCACGCACGCACACACACACACACACACACAUGCACGCAUGCACAUGCAGGGAUCACCUCUACCAUGCCCACAAACCUACCUGAAAAGGCUGGCCUGGCAACCCCUCCCCCGGCCCCCCAUACACAUGUUCACUUGAGAGCUGGUCUGAUAAGUCCCCCUUACACUCACACUGACUUGGACCCGAGCAUGGCCUGGUCUGAUAGUCCUGCACAUACACGCUGGCACACACUCAUAUUCUUAGCUGGUCCGACCUCGCUCAGUCAGUCACUCACGCACUCCUGUACCUGAGCACCCCUAGUCUUCAACAUGCGUGCUGGAGCACACACACACACAACAUGCACACUUAUCUGUGUUUGAACAUAACCUUGUCUGGCACACCACACACACACACACACUCACCUGGACCUGAGUCUAGCCUGGUCUGACCACACCCCCUCCUGGCGGUCCCUGGGUCACUGCCUUCGUGCACUUGGUUCAGAACUUCACAGCUAGGAGGGCCAGCCUGUUCCCUGGUAAGGUUGUCCCCAGAGGCAGCCCCAAUACCCCCACUUUGUGUCAUCUCCUGGAUACGGCUCUGAGGAUGGGCCCUGCCCUUCCCCUCUGAUUUCCCCAGGUGAGCAGGGGGAGGGCUCCUGGGAGCCCCGCUGUGUACCCAGACCAAGCCUUCUGUGAUCUGCCUAUCAGGCCAGCUGCCACAGUGAGGAAAGGGUUCUCUGAGUUGUUGCGGGGCUGCUGCGGGGAGCCUUCACACUGUCCUCUGCUCUGCGGGCAGCCCCACUACCUCCAGCCUGAGGCCCUGACGGGGGCUGCCGCUUGCCCUAGCCUGAGCUGUGGGCGCUGGUCCAAGUCCAUGUCCUUCUCUGAAGACCACACCUGCUUCCUGCCCAGCUGCUCACACAGCCGCCCUUUGCCCCAGCCCUGCCCUUGCGCCCGAGCCCUGGCACUUGGGGACUCAUACCCUCUGUGCUCCGAUGUGUGGGCUUGGAAAUAAACAUGGCGUACUGGGCUCCGCAGGUUCAGGAGGCGGGUGUCGGACGCAGGACAGGCAGCUGGGGCAUCCUGGGGGCUGCUCCGGGCCUGUGGAGAGACUCCAGGUUGUCCCAUCCCACCCAGUGGGGGUUGGUCCCAUGAGCUGCACCUGGAGCUUCCCCACCUGCCCCAGAGUUGUUCUUGGGCUGCCCUGUGGCAUUUGUGACCUUGGCCUGACAAUCAGCGCAGAUGGUUGUGACCCAGACCUCCAGGCUCCGGGACUCCGGCCAGGCUGUGAUCUUGGAGCCCACUGCAUUCGGGAGUCAGCUGGAGUCUCAUCAAGAGCCUGAGAAAGUCCACUGUGAAAGUUGGCGGGUAGGAAUCUCAUGUGUGGCUCUUGGCCCCGCCCCCCAACACCCCCCACCCCCACAUACAUUGCUGACCUGCCUGAAGUCAAACAGUGCAGAGUGCUUUUGUUCCCAGCUUUCCCAAGCUCUCCGCAGAGACCAGGUUAUGAAGGUCAUAGAGUUUAUUUGUUGGGAAUCUUACCACAAUCUACCUGGCCAUGUCCCGUUGGGAAACACUUUAGAUCAUCUCUCUCCCUCUCCCCCAACAGUUUAGAUAACGCUGUGAUGAAAAGCUUUAUAAAUCUUUGGUUUUGACUGGUCCCUGCCCCUUUGCUUUCUAAAGUAACUACUUCCAGGGUCACAGCAUUGGUUCACUUCAAAGGUAGUGUCCGCUCCUCCUCCCUUCUGCCUGGACCCACUGCUUUUCUGUCAGUUCCAACACCGGCCCCUCCCUCCUCUCCAGAGUCUGAUGGGUCAGGCAUUGCAGAGAAGGGCGGGACCAGCCUGCCCCUUGUUACUGCUGCUGGAGGGCUGAUCCCACCCCCUCCCAGUCAGGCCUUUUGUCAUUGCGGGUCUGGCCGUGCCCACCUGCUUGUACGCUCCCGAAUGCUCUGCCUCUCUCCAGAAUCUUGAACUUGUCUCCACAAUGGUACUGAGUUGACGCUUGCACAGUCAGCAUGGAGAAGUGUCCACCGGCCUGACUUUGCAGUGUCCGGCAGGCGGUCAUCAGAGCCUGCCCUUUAGACUGCUGGGAUUGGACACCCUGUGCUCGCCCUGCCCCUCUGCACGUGGUGGAGCUGGGUCAGAACACGUCUGGGGCAGCGUGGGGG